AUGGCACUAGUGAAUCCCAACAAUCAUGAUGCUGAUGGUACUUCUGUGGAAAAUAUAAUGCAACGUCAUGUACGCUCUCCUUCUCAGUCUUCAUCCGUUUCCAGUGAAGAACUUCUUAUCUGGUCCAGAGAAGGGAAUGAUCUUGACUCUGACCUAUUUUCUGUUUCACCACCUUAUGAUGAAGACUUACCACCUGUAUCAAGUUCACAUUAUGAUGAUGAUGAUGAUGGGAAUGGUUUCAUUUCACAGAUAAACGGAAAUUUGGAUUGUGAUAAUGAUGAUGCUGGAAUUAGCACUGACAACAACAAUAAUAAUCAUAAUCAUGAUUGUUCUGCUACUAGCAGCACCACCAUUCACUUCUCACCGUCUGCCUUAUCCCCUUCAACAUCAUCGAAGUCUUGUUGUUUAUAUUAUAUCAAUGGCUCAUCCAAAUCUCAAGUAUUGAAUUCUAAGCGAAUUAAAUCGACGAGAUCACCAGUAGCGAAUAAUGGAGUGUUACCGUCGUCAUCCUCGCCAUCAUCAUCGCCGUCAUCAGCAUCAGCGUCUUUUUCAACGGCAAGAAUCCCGUCUUCUUCUUAUAAUCACUUUAAUAUAUCAACAAAUUUAUCUGAACAAAGAAGCGUCAACACUUUGGUAGAUGAUUUUAUUGAUUUGGACAUAAAAGCUACUACUACUGCUACUACUACUUCGAGUACUUCAAUACCUGUCGCAUAUACUGCUACUCCCGAAGUCUGUUCUAUAGAUCCACCUGAAGAUUCACCUGUACAAUGUUUAUCAUGUUAUGUGAAUGGGCACAGUUGUCCCUCUGUGAACAACAAUUCAUUUAUGGCAUACAAUGAUGUUGUUGUUACAGGACCGGCAAGAGAUGAUUCUCAGCUAAUCAUCGGAUCAACUGAAACAGUUGAUAUAUGCAAUCACGAUCCUGUAGCUAUGCAAUCCUGUCAUACUACAACACUAUUUGUCAACGAGAAUUCUACUUCUACUCAAAAUAUUGUCAAUCGAUCAAAUAACGCAGGUGUUCACAAUAAUAAUAAUAAUCAUAAUAAUAAUAAAUUAGACACCUUUAGAUAA